ACCUUAUCGCUACUUAUGUCAAAGAGGGUGUGUUAUUUUAGUUUAUUUUUAAAUUAUUUUGAAUUAGUAAACUAUUGAAGAUGGCUAAAAAUACAUCCAGUUCGGCUUUCAGAAAAAUUGAUGUUGAUCAAUACUCCGAAGAUAAUUUUAAAGAAGAUGACACUGAUGCCGGAGCGUCAGUUGGUCCAGAUGAAAAUGAAGUUAAUAGUUUACUUCAAAAAGGAAAACAAUUGGAUGCAUUGAAGGUUGUUCUAAAUAAUGCCCCAUUAGGUAUAAAAAAUCAGCAAAUAAAAGAAAAUGCUUUCAACUUAGCUUUUAAAGUUCUGAUAGCAAUAAAACCAUCUCAAAUAGAAGAAGUAGUUAAUUCUCUAGAUGCAGAUUCACUAGAUACUUUAAUGAAAUAUGUAUACAAGGGAUUUGAAUAUCCUUCAGAGGGAAGUAGUGGACAUUUAUUAUUGUGGCACGAGAAGAUUUAUAAUAUAGCAGGUGUGGGAUGCAUAGUGAGAGUAUUAUCAGAUACCAGAAGGAUAUGAAC